GUUAUCUCCUGAAUUGCAUCAUCGUCAGUAGGAACAAUUCUGAGGCGGAACAAGUAUUUCGGCAAUUGCAGCGAUGGAACUGUUAUUGCAGUUACACACGAAGACCUCCGGGUAAACAGCUGUUAAAAUGUUUUACUCCAAUGCACGACGUUAAAUGUUUAGGCUACUCGAUCGAAACAAACUUUAAAAUGGAUAAAAAGUGUAUGGGAGCGGAAUCUGAGGUGAUUGACUGGGGAGAAAGUGGAGCUGAAGAGGGGAAGAUUAGGAAGAGGACCGAGAGCUUAUCAAAAAGUGUCCACACAGGUCUUCCUUAUCCACUUAAACAUCCAGUGAAAUGUUCUCUGAUAAAAGGAGACUAUCUCUACUUCCAUUAUGGCUGUGAUGGACAAGAUGACAGAGGUUGGGGAUGUGGAUACCGCACCGUUCAGACCAUGGCUUCCUGGAUUUGUAAUAACUGUGUUCCACUUAAGGACAAACACACACCUCCACCAAGCCUGCCUGAUAUCCAGAAAGCAUUGGUCACCAUGGGGGACAAACCCGGCUCGUUCUCAUGCUCCAGGGAGUGGAUAGGGACAUUCGAAGCCUCCCUGGUCCUUGACUAUUUCUAUGAUGUUCCCUGUAAGUUAGUGCAUGUUAGAGGUGGAGGAGCAGAGCUGGAGCAUGUUGCAGUGGAAGAGCUCCAUCAGCACUUUGAGAAGCAUGUAUCUCCAGUCAUGAUGGGAGGGGACAGGGACACCUCUUCUAAAGGGAUCUUCGGGGUGUGUACUGGGGGAGAGGGGAGCUACCUGCUGGUAGUUGACCCUCAUUACUAUGGAUGUCAGCUGAAGAAGAUGGAGCUGCAGAGGCGGGGAUGGGUGGCGUGGAAGAGGGUGUCAUCUCUGGAUCAGUGUUCAUUCUAUAAUCUGUGUAUGCCUCAGACUGCCAACAGAGCAACAUAAACUAACUAGAGACUUAUUGUUGUUUCAGACUAACACAUUAAUUAUUAUUUUGGAGGACGGACUCUAGAAAUCAUCUUAUUAGGACAGACUUUGUCCUGCAUUUUAAACAUGUAUGAUUUAAAAUAAGCUGUGGUGACAUCUUGUGGAUGAAAUGAGUAAUUACAAUGAAUUUAAAGAUCAAACUGCUGAAAGAAAUUGAUACAUUUAUCAUUGCUCCAUUCAAAUGUUAUUAAAUCUGAAAUCAUUUUGGAUAUUUUUUUCCAAACUUUCAAAAGGAAAUGCAUUGGUUUGUUCUCUUACUGUUCAGGGUAUGUAACACAGUACAUAAGUAAAAAUGUCAAACGUAUUUUUGUUUUUCAAGUUCUUAGUCACCUGAAUGUAGGGCAAUCAUCAAAAUGUCUGGAUCAGGAUUUAGAUAGGACAUGUUUUUGUGGUGGCAAUUCUAUACACAAUCAUCAUUGUAAAUACUUACAAAAUGAAAAAUACCUUUUAAUAUAUAUAUAUUUUUUAUUCGAUUUGCGACAGUCAAUUCUUUGUAAUUUUUUAACCAAAUAUGCUGAAGAGUUACAGCUUUCUUUUGUGUUUUAUUGUAAUGUCUUUAUUAUUGAUGUGUAAGUCUAACAAUAAACAUCAUUUUCAAAUGUCA